CGAAAAGAUGGCGAGCAAGGAGGCAACGGUCCUCAUUGUGGACGUCAAUCCUUCUAUGCGAAGGAAGAAGGAGGAAGGGGGCAAAACAAAUCAUCAAAGAGCGCACGAAGCCUUAUUCCAAAUUCUUCACUCAAAGAUAAUACCAGGGCGAAAGACGGACCAGGUUGCAUUAUUGUUGGUUGGAACAGAAGAGUCGGAUAACAUCUUGGCGGAGGGUGAGCAGUAUCAGCAUAUCAAGGCGUAUUGCUUUGAAGAGGACGAGGCUGCUCUCUUCAAGCAGCCGAAUCUGGAGCUUCUGAAAUAUGUGGAGAGGGGUACGGAAGAAGGGACUGCUAUUGGUGAUGUCAUGGAUGCCAUCAUACUGGGUCUACAUAUGCUCGAGCAACAUUGCAGGAAGUUAAAGUACGAAAAAAAAAUCUACGUGUUCACGGAUGCCGAAAAUCCCGUGGAUACCGAGGGCAGCGAUGCUGUUGCCGAGAAAGUAAAAGAAUUGGCAGUCACAUUCAAUCUGAUCGGGUACGAUUUCGAUGAUCCAGAUCACGGAAUUAAGCACGAGCAUAAGUCCGAUGUGAAGGCGAUCAAUGAAGAGUUUCUACGCGGUUUCACCGAGAGGGCGGAAGGGAACCUAUUCAGUGGAGACGAAGCGUCCGAGUUGCUAGAGCGCUUGCGCUCAAAGUCAGUAAAACCAGUUACCGUAUUUCGAGGACCACUUACGUUGGGUGAUCCUGAGAGUCAUCCCGCGGAAUCACUUGAAAUCCCUGUGUGGGUCUAUAACAAGACAGCAGAGAUGAAACUGCCCUCCGCCAAAAAGUGGUCUGCGCUCGCAGAAGCUAUUUCUGAAGGGGAGCGCAAUGGGGCAACGUACGGCGAAGUGGAAAUGCAGCGAAGCUACAAACCUGCUUUGGGAGAUGCUGACUUGCAGAAGGAUCAAAACGGGCAGGAUAAGAGUAUAUCAAAGGAUGAUCUUGUGAGGGCUUAUAGAUAUGGCAAAACCCUGGUCCCUUUCUCGUCGGAAGACGAAGAAGCAAUGAAACUACGUACGUCCAAAGGGAUGUCAAUAUUAGGCUUCGUCAAACAGAGCGAGGUACCCCGUCAUCACUUGAUGGCAAAUGUGUUGGCUGUUGUUCCCGAACCAGGCAAUUCACGAGCGGCGCAGACAUUCUACACAUUAAUCGCGGCGCUUGACGAAAAGCAGAAUGCGGCCCUCGUCCGUUAUGUCCGUGUUAAUGACGCCAAUCCGAAGCUUGGUGUGCUGGUACCAGCCAGAAAAGGGUGGGGAUGGUGGGCACAAAUUCCCUUUGCAGAGGAUUUACGACCUUAUUCCUUUGCACCUUUGGAUCACCUGCUAGCUGAAGACACAUCCGCAUCUAACUCAACCUUGGCUGUUUCGACACUAUCGCCUUCUAAUAAUACCCAAUCUCAUACUGACUCACCUGCUAGUUCAAGCAAGAAGAAACAUAAGCUCGAUGCUCGUCAGGUCCCCGCUGACGAGGCAAUGAGGCGUAUGGACGCCUUUAUUGACGCAAUGGAUUUGACGGACGCUGUGGAGGAUGAAGACGGCCACAAGAGGGAAGCCUUUAGACCAAAGGACGUAUUCAACCCAGGCUGGCAGCGUAUCUACCAGUGCAUUGCCUAUCGUGCUAUCCAUCCUGACAAAGCGGAACUGCCACCUGUGAACCCACAAAUUAUGGCGUGCAUUGAACCAAUACCAGACGUUGUUGAAAGAGCAAAAUCAGCAGCCGAAAAAUUGAAAGAUGCUUUCAAGAUAACUCGAGUUGAAAAGCAGAAAGGUUCAGGAAAGCGUGCUUGGGCCGCUAGAUCUGCCAAUAGGAUAGAUGCAGAAGAGGUGCUUAAUCGCCCCGAUAAUGGUCCAGCUGAAAAGCGAAUCAAAGUCGAGGAACCAAUGCCAGAAAACUUGACCGAUCUAACAGCGCGCAAUGUUGAGAAAGUGUCCACAGUUGAUCCCAUUAGCGAUUUCAAUGCCAUGGUCGGGAGAAGAGACAUUGAUCUGGUCACAAAAGCGGUGGAGCAAAUGUGCGAGGUCAUCGUAAAAUUAGUUACAGAGUCCUUUGGCGAUCAGCUUUAUGACAAAGCAACGAAUUGCCUCGUUGUUCUACGUAAGGUCUCUGCCGAAAACGACGAAUCCGACCAGUUCAACAAUUGGCUACGUGGGCUGAAGCACCUCCUGUCUGUUGGGGAGUCCGUCCGUCACGCACCAUUUUGGCGGCGGGUCGUUGACCAGCAGAUCUCACUCAUCACUAAAGAUGAAGCAGGUGAUAGUAACGUUACAAGAGAAGAAGCGGAUGCGUUUCUCCGGGCCGAGGACGAGCCGCCAGCAGCAAUAUCGAAAGGUGACGAGGAUGAGGUGGAGGAAGAGGAUUUGCUUGACAUGAUGGAUUGAUGUGCUCGUGUGGUCGCAACUUGUAUAUAAACCUCUAGGCAGUUUUUGUCUAUACGCUUCCAAUGAACGUAGUGAUUCGAGAGAGUGCCACUGGCCGUCCUUGCAAGAAAGGGAUGAUAGACCUCUGCACGAUACUCGCAUACCCCCUUCAAACAUGCUGCCUCUGUGUGAGAUUCUUAAGGGCGGCAGUUACCUUUGGAGGGUCACUAAUGCUUCAAUGUUACGGUUAGGCUUUUCUCGCAACUUUUGACUGCUAUAUUUAGUAUUGUAUUGAAUGGCACUUGACAAUCGAGACUCAACUGUCAUCUGCACACUGCUUCUUCACAGAUUCAAUACUUGCCAAAAAGGGAGCGACAGUUAGAGCUCAUUUGGAAAAAACGCUGAGAAAUGCUAUUAAGUGAGAACAAAAAACAAGUAGUCUAGCAAUUUGCUCCCCCGACUUGAUGCUGGGUAUAGAGAAAGCACGGCUCUUAGCAGUCGCCAUGACGCGGAUCCGAGAGGCAAACUGGGCCAAUUUGCCCACAUGGUUUUGGAAUUCGCUCACACGGCCUUCAGAGGCAGUGUUGCAUAUAACACGAGCAAGAGCAUUGAUUCGGUCACGGUGUUCACGGUUGAACGCACGC